AUGCGUGUUUCAGCUCUCGCCUUCGCCGCCGUCUUGUCCUUGGUCUCGGCCAAAAAGAUCAAUAUGCACUGCGACUUUGCCGCAGACGACACCGGCAUGGUGCAGUCGCCCUUCUGCUGUCGUGAUCUAUCACCCGCUCGCGGAAACUCGAAGGCAAACGAGGCUAUGGAUUGUGAUUCGCUCGAUUUGCCCCAGCUUUGCGAGGACCAGUCUCGACCGGCUUGUUGCUACACCAUUGGCCCGAAGAAGAUCUGUACCUCCCACGUUAUUUUCAUGGAUGCAGAGGACAUUUAA